UUUGGAAAGGAGAGCAGAGCGGGUCGCGCUUCCUAGCUGCUGCGCAUCUGUUCCGUGUUCUGCGUGGUUUCUAAACUGCCUGAAUUUUUCUCGGAGACUCUCUACUUCCCACAGCUGAAAAUUAGCAAAAAAUCUUGACAGGACGUUGUGCAAGUCCGUUGCAGACAACUUGAAUUUUAUUGAUUUUAAUUGGAGCCUUUUGUAGCGGGUAGCAUGUACAGCUCCUGUGAACCAAUGCAUCCUUUUCCGAUGAAGCCGCCCGUUUGGGAGUCGCCCGUUUUUAGAGAAUCCUUGCAAUCUUGGAUGGGCGCAUUCCAUAAUGACCACAUCCCGCAGCACAGCCAGUUUUUCUACGAAGAGCGUCUUUGUCAAACUGGUCCUCAGCAACCCCCAACACAACACGUCCCACCCAUGCAGUUCAGAAGGCCACUCACCCCAAAAAGGCCUAAGCCCAUCGGACUGCUCCGGCAAAAUUUCAAGAGGAAACUUUCCAAGAUCAACCAGAAGAAGAAAAGUUUCAUUCGAAGUUUGGUGAAAUGUACCACUUCCGUCUUCACAAAAGUCAAAGAAGCCCCGGUCAAAGAAAACACCGAAAACCUCAACUUCCUGCAGGCCUACCCUACAAAGAGCUUUUCGAACGCAGAGUUGCAGAGUUUGCUACCUGAAGACUGGUCCAGGGUGUGUGUGGAGGAAUUCAAUGAGUUUGAGGUCAUUCGGCGAGAGGUCAACAUGGAGCACCAGUCCUUCGAAAGAAUCCACAGGGCCUUCGAAGGUCGGGUGCAGAUGAUCGAGAAAGUCGAGAACCCAUACCUGUGGCUCAUUUACCAGCUGAAGAGGAUGGACUGUGAGAAGAUGCACAACAGCGCCGAGCAUUUCCUUUUUCACGGCACCAGCGGCAAAAACGUCUACAGCAUCAUCAAGAACAACUUCAACUACCGCCUGGCCGGGUCAAGUGUGGGUCACCGCUCUGGCAAGGGCGUCUAUUUCACGUACAGCGCCCACUUCAGCGAGCUGUACGCCCGGAACGGAGGACGCUGCGUCCUUCUGACCAAGACGCUGGUGGGCCGCAUGUCGGUGGGCUCGGAGGACACGGAACUGCCCGAGCCAGCCUGCGACACCACCACAAACGGACGCUCCAUAAUCGUUAAGUACCACGACAACGAGUUUUACCCGGUCCUCCUCAUUCACUUGACACCACAAAACAAGUUUAAAAGCUAAUUAUUGAUGGACUAACUAUGAAUAAUUAUUUAAGUGAUCGACUGAAAGUGGAA